AUGACAUCGACUAAUUCAACUGAAUUGGGUUGGAAUUGUUGUCGCGAUACUAAACGACAGGCCUGGGUCAGUUCAUACUUUGGUUAUUAUUGGUACAAAAAUUGGCAGAGCACAGAUUUUAUUAAGGAAACUUUGCAAGAUCAAUUUGAAUACUUGCAUAACACUACUAAUCAAACCGGUGUGAUGGAGCCUGGGCAACAUGCUCAGCAUGCUCACCAAUGGGGUGAUCUGUCCAUUACAAAAUUGCCUGCUUCACAAUUUCAAGGACCAACACCAUUCGUCCAGGUCAGCAAUGCUGAUUUAAACAAGCCAAUUUGUAAUCCGGUCAACACACGGGAAAUGCCGGUACGGAUGUUGGAGAAAAAUAUUGAGGAGACCAACGAUAUGCACGAGAAGUUGAGGUAA